CAUCAACCUCCCCCACUUCCCUUGCUUUCCUUCGCUUUUCAUCCAAGACCACCCUCUCCGCCCCCCUCCUUUUUUUAAAAAGCAAGUUACUUUCUCUCUUAUUCCAAACAGCACCGCCCUUCUUUCAAAGAAAAUCUGAGCGUAGAUUAAAAGGGAUAUUGAAGAUUUGAACAGUCGUCGCUAAGUUUUGGUGAUCACUGGAAUUGGGCAUAUGGGGUCUGUGGGCAACUCAGAUCCUUGGGCUCCAUAUGAUGGAUAUAGGGACUGUUCGCAAGGAAUUUGUAAUGAAUAUUGCCCACAGUGGUGCUACAUCAUCUUCUCUCCUCCUCCUCCAUCUGAAGAUGACUCUGGUACCGACUUCUCGCCUCUCAUACUUGCUAUCAUCGGGAUCUUGGCAAGCGCUUUCCUUUUAGUAAUCUACUUCACAGUCAUCUCAAAGUAUUGUAGAAGAAGAAGAGGUCGGCGCACAAGUGCAGAGGGGAAUGGGAAUCAGGAUGAAAUGGUUAAUGAUCAGCCAUUGCAGGUUGCAUCGACUGGGCUAGAGGAGGGUUUUAUCAAGUCCAUCACAGUCUACAAGUACAAGAAAAGUGGUGGAGUGGUUGAAGGCACGGAUUGCUCAGUUUGUCUCAGUGAGUUCGAAGAUGGGGAGAACCUUAGACUUCUGCCCAAGUGCAACCAUGCUUUCCACCUCCCCUGUAUCGACACUUGGUUGAAGUCUCACUCCAGCUGUCCGCUAUGCCGCUUUGAUAUUAGAUCAGCCAAAAUUUUGCCGCCUGAAUUAUCAGAGGCAACACAGGGCGUACCCCCUAACAUCAUGGUAUCUGCGCUUGAAGUUCAGUCUGGAAACAGAUCCCUUCUUAUAAUCCAUGAUUUAGAGAGUGGUACUAUUAGACGAGAGGCUGUUGUCAGGGUUGAAGUCACUGAUGAUACUCCCAAGGCGACUUCUGAAGUUCAUAGAGGUAUGGAGAAUUCAGCAGGAAGAGAAAGCACAAUUGAAAUUAGACAAGAAGGGUUACUUCGAAGGUCUAUCUCAUUUGAUUCUUCAUGUGAAGCUCAUGUUGCAAUUCCAGACAUACUGCAUAGUAGUGAAGAUCACAGCCUAUGCUUCCCAAUGGAGAAUAUGAACGAAAGAGAAGCCAUGCCUGUGACCAUGAGGAGAUCAAUUUCGACAGGGAGAUUCAUGCCCCUAAGACAUGGAAAGAGAAGUCCUUGUGUCUUUCCCAAUUGAAACUGAUAAUUCCAACAGUAUAUAACAAUUUUUUCUUUCUUACCUUUUUCUUCUUUUUGUAACUGAGUGCAGGAAAAGUAAAACAUGUAUUGUAUAAGUAUUUAUAUGCCAAAGGAGAUAGUGAACCAAAAAACAUUGAGGUUCUCUAAUC